UUAAGAUCCAGGACAAGCAGAGGAAGACGAGGACUGAAAACUAAAAAACAACAAGGCUUUCUUCUUGUUGUUGCCUCCGCAGCAUCCUUUCCUUCUCCGCCGCCAGCGAUGAAGACGCGCGUCACAUUUUGCCCAAAGUGGCACCGCGCGCUUUGGGUUUGGCUCUUCACGAUGUUCUGUGUUAUCCACGCAGCCAAAGCUGAGAUAACUUGCAGGUCGUGUCAGCCUGGAAAUGCGUGGCGGACACAGGAAUUACUGCUGAAAUUUGACACGAGUGGAUCCUCGGCAGGACAGAAAGGAGGAGAAGUUUUCAGCUGCGGUGACGGGGCAGGGAGAGCCGGGGCUGCAGGUGGCGAGGGUCGGCGGCUGCGCUGCGCGGGUGGUUCCCGUGAUGCUGCACCUUCUGCUGCUGCUGCUCCAGAUGAGGCGGAAUACACGAAGGAGUCUUGGGUGGAAGGGAAUACGCGCAGUAAGCCGCGCGCUCAAGGUGACAUCGGUGAAAGCGAGUUAACAAAGGAAAAAGUUUCAUGCAGUAGUCACAGAUGUGACACCAGAUACAAAAGGCGCACCAGGAGGAGCAGUGGAGUCCGCAGUCCGAAGCCGGGAGAGGGCGCAGGCUCCGCGGCUGAACGCAGAGUGACGCGCUCUGAAGUGCGCUCAUGGAGCGGAGCUCCGAGGCAGGAGGAGCUAAAAGUCAACAGUUCCACGUUCGCUUUGACCGGGGAUUCGUCUCACAACCAGGCUAUGGUGCACUGGUCCGGCCAGAACAGCAGUGUAAUUCUGAUGCUGACCAAACUGUUUGACUUCAACCUCAACAGUGUGACUGAGAGUUCAUUAUGGAGGUCAACCGACUACGGAGCAACGUACCAGAAGCUGAACGACAAAGUCGGUGCAAAGACGAUUCUCAGUUACUUGUAUGUGAGCCCUAACAACAAGAGAAAGAUCAUGCUGCUGACUGAUCCGGAGGUGGAGAGCAGCCUGCUGAUCAGCUCUGAUGAAGGAGCAACCUACCAGAAGUACCGACUCAACUUCUACAUCCUCAGCCUGCUCUUCCAUCCCGAGCAGGAGGACUGGAUUCUGGCCUACAGCCACGACCAAAAGCUCUACAGCUCCGUGGAGUUUGGGAGGAGGUGGCAGCUGGUGCACGAGAGAGUGGCUCCCAACCGUUUCUACUGGUCCAAAAUGGGUUUGGACAAAGAGUCGGGCCUGAUUCACCUGGAGACCAGCAUCUCUGAAGGACAAGCGCUCUAUGUCACCUGCAAGCUGCAGAACUGCACAGACGCCAACAAGGGCAAACCAUUCCCUGGCUUCAUUGACCCCAAUUCUCUGGUGGUGCAGGAUGAGUAUGUGUUUGUCCAGGUGUCAACUGCGGGAAAACCAAUCUACUACGUGUCGGCUAAAAGAGACAUCUUUACUCCAAUGAAGCUGCCGAAGUACACCCUUCCCCAGAACCUGCAUGUGAUCAGCACAGAUGAGAACCGUGUGGUGGCAGCCGUGCAGGAGUGGAACCAGAAUGAAACGUACAACCUGUAUGUGUCGGACACCACGGGCGUCUUCUACACCCUGGCCCUGGAGAACGUGGUCAGCAGCAUGGGCCCCGAGGGCAACGUGAUGGUCGAUCUUUAUGAGGUGGCAGGAAUUAAAGGGAUGUUCUUAGCCAACAAAAAGAUGGACAACCAAGUGAAGACACACAUCACCUACAACAGAGGCAGAGACUGGAGGCUGCUGCAGGCCCCGAGCAGAGACCUGAGGGGCAACAGCAUUCACUGUGUGCUACCGUACUGCUCGUUGCAUCUCCAUCUGCACGUGUCUGCCAAUCCCUACACAUCUGGAAACAUCGCCAGCAGGGACUCUGCGCCGGGGAUCAUUGUCGCAUCAGGCUCAUUUGGCUCAGAGUUGACAAGCAGCAAUGUCAGUGUGUACAUCACCUCGGAUGCUGGGAACACAUGGAGACAGAUCUUUGAUGAGGAGUAUGCAGUGCUCUAUCUCAACAAGGGAGGCGCCUUGGUUGCAAUAAGACACACUCCACUUCCCAUCCGACACCUGUGGUUGAGCUUCGAUGAAGGUCGGCAGUGGAACAAGUACAGCUUCACGAGCACGCCUCUGUUUGUGGACGGCGUGCUGGGAGAGCCGGGAGAAGAGACUCUCAUCAUGACGAUAUUCGGCCACGUCAGUCAUCGCUCAGAGUGGCAGCUGGUGAAAAUAGACUUCAGGUCCAUAUUCAACAGGAGAUGCACGGAUGCAGAUUAUCAGACGUGGCACCUGCACAACCAGGGCGAGCCGUGCCUCAUGGGAGUGAAGAGAAUCUACCGGAAACUGAAGCCCAUAUCCAGGUGCGUCAUGGGAAAGAUCUUCUCGGUGUCGAUGACGUCGGGCGCCUGUGAAUGCACAGAGGCCGACUUUGAGUGUGAUUACGGCUACGAGAGGCGGACCGACGGCAAGUGCACGCCUGCCUUUUGGUUCCAUCCGUCAUCGAUGUCCAGGAGCUGCACCACGGGGAUGACUUUCCUUAACCGCACUGGCUACAGGAAAGUGGUCUCUAAUAACUGCACGGCUGGAGUCGGUGUGGAGUACACAGCCAGGAGGCAGCAGUGUCCCGUCCAAGCACCCAAAGGUCUUCAUCUGGUCACCAGUGAGGGCGCGCUGACAGCCACGUUAGGCAACAAUGUCACCUUCCUCGUUUUCCUGGAGGAGGGCGACGGAGCAAGGACAAGCAUCACUCUGGACUUUGGAGACGGACACGCUCUGACAUACUCCAACGUGAGCUCCAUCGAGGAUGGCAUCAAACACAUCUACAGAGCGGUGGGAAUCUACCGCGUGACCGCCACCGGGGAGAACAGUCUCGGCUCAGAGACCGCCAUGCUCUACUUGCAUGUAACAUGUCAGCUGGAGUAUAUCCAUCUCUCCGCUCCCUUUGUGGCGGUGAAGAACAAGGAAGUGAAUCUGACUGCUGUUCUAUGGCCCAGCCAAGUGGGAACGGUCACCUACAUCUGGUGGAUCGGAAAUAACACUGAGCCAGUAAUCACCCUAGAGGGAAGUGUGGCUUGCACGUUCUCCCGGGAAGGCAUCAGUAGUGUCACUGUGCAGGUGUCUGCAGGGAAUACUAUCCUGCAGGACAGAAAAAGCAUCGCUGUCCACGAAUAUUUCCGAUCUCAUCUGCUCGCCUUUUCAUCAAACCUCGAUGACCACAACCCUGAUGUCGCAGAGUGGAGGCUGGACGUGAGCCGAGUCAUCAAGAACUCUCUGAUCCAGGCUACAAGCAUCAGAGAGGAUCAGCUUCUGGUCACCGUCCUCCCGGGUUUACCCACCACUGCCGAGUUUUUCCUGCUGCCUGACAAACAGUUAACGGAGGGGAAGCCAGAGAAGAGCUCUGCUCAUUUAGAUCAGCUGUCUGAGGUUUUACUGAGCGCCUUGAAUCAGAACCUCGUCCAGUUCACGUUGCGGCCGGGAGUCCAAGUCACUGUAUAUGCAGCUCACCUCUCAGCAGCACCCCUAGUGGACACCAGCGAGAACCACAGCGGCUCUGCCAUGCUAAUGCUGCUGUCGGUGGUCGUCGUGGGUUUAGCCGUGUUUGUCAUCUACAAAUUCAAGAGGAAGAUCCCAGGCCUCAACGUCUAUGCGCAGAUGCAGAAUGAAAAAGAGCAAGAAAUGAUGAGUCCAGCCAAUCCAACAGAGACCACGCCCAGCUCACAGCGGGACCUGGUGCAUUCUUUGGAGAUUCUGGACACAGAGUUCAACUCGCGGCCCAUCGGAUGUAUGAAACCUCAUGUACAUGUGAAAUUCUCCACAGAACUCCCCACAUAUGUUGUCUGAACUCUGGACUGGAUGUGACCACUCCAGCUGCAUCAUGGAUUUAUCAUUUUAUUUUUGAAUAUUGGGUUUUUUUCUCUCUCUUUUUUUUUUUUUUAACCAUCUGGGACACAAAGGUUUUGAGCUUUAUACGUACCUGUGCAUGUUGGACCCUGCUGACACAAACUGUGCUCUGUUCAAACCAGAAAAAAACUGUCUACAGGUUUUAAUUUUAUACAUACA